AUGAAGAUAGAUGAUGAAAGGCCUUACCAAAGUCAUAUUUUUCAUGAUCUUGCAUUUAACGGUAGUCCUAAAUUAGACUCUGAGGCUGAAAGACAAAGUAAUCACAAAUUUUUGGCAGAUAAAAUGGUUGAACAAACCAAUCAAUCUGAACUUAGUUUUGUGAAGGCUGAGCAUCUGAAUGGAGGUAAAAUUGGGCAGACACGCAUUGAGGAUUACUCGUAUGACAAGGAUGUUGUAGAGAUCAAACUGCCAGAUACAGUUCUUUCUUCUGAUUACGGUGUCCAUUUUGUCAAGGAUGUCUGCAUUGAUGAAGGAGUUCUUCCUGAUCAAAAGACUUCAUCAGAAAAUCAAGUAGAUCAAAAGGUAUCCAUGAACUUUGAUUCCUCAGAAUAUACAAAUGGUGACCUAAGGGAAGAGAUAAGUGCUGACUCUACAAAAACUGCACAUGAAUUAAAAUCAGAAAUAGUUAUCCUACCUGUCAUGUGUGAUACUGAUGGCAAUACUGGGGAACAGAACUCCUCAUGCAAAAAGCAUGAUCUUGAAGAUAACUAUACUGCAGAUGUAUCUACCGAUUCUAAUGAUGAGGAAUUAAAUCCCAAACAAUUACCAUGUCAUGAAGUUGCACAAGAUUGCCAGGAGGUUGGCAGUAUCAUUUCUGAGAGCAAUGAAAAUCAGGACCGGCUUUUCACUGGAGAAACAACCCAUCAAGUUUCAUCAAAUGAUUGUUAUGAAACUGGAAUUGGUAUUGCAUCGGAGACCAGUAACAUCAUUCACAAUGAUUUACCAGUACAAUCAGCCGCUGCUGAUUUCUCGGUGGUGAUACCUGAGGAAGUUGCUGUCAGUGCUGCAUUGGAUAUGGAAGGAUCCAAUCAAGUUAAUCACUAUAACCCUUUUAUUGCCUAUGGAUCACUAGACGAGACAUGGGAACCUAAUUACUCUCUCCCUACUAUUGUGAAUGCCGCAUCUAUAGCACCCAUCUGUCCUAUUGAAAAGACAGAUAGUUUUAGUGAUCUUGUCAAUAGAGCACUGAAAGGAUUUGAUCCCAUUGAAAUAGAUGAAGCCAUAAUUGAAGCGAAUAGGUUAGAUUCUGUUGAAGAAAGUUCAAGUACAUUGGAUGUCCAAGCAUCUGAACAAUGUAAUGAUCAGAGUGAGAGUCUCACUAAUAAUGAUGCGAAGACUGAUGUAGCACAUGAAAUGGGCACUGCUACAUCUCUAUCCAUUAGCAAUGGAGAGCAUAGUGACGUCAAAAGUGAUAAUGGUCAGAAAUAUGAGAUUGAUGGUCAAGAUAUAAAUGAUUUCAACCCAAGAGAUGCGGAGCUUGGCACAAAAAUAAGUGAGGACAUCACGGAUAGUAAGAGUUCAACUCCUGUGCAAACAGAAUCUGUGGUUCAACAAAAUGGGCCUGAUAGCGCAAAAGUGACCGCACAAACUGUUAUUCGCAAUCCCUUUGAAUCAAGCUUCUCUGGACCUAGCAUUACCUCAGGUCCACUAACGCCCUCUGGUCACAUACCUUAUUCUGGCAAUAUUUCUCUUCGAUCAGAAAGUAGCACAACAAGUACUCGGUCCUUUGCAUUUCCAGUACUACAGAACGAGUGGAACAGCAGCCCCGUGAAGAUGGCAAAGGCCGACCGCAGGCGUCUGAAGGAAGACCGAGGCUGGGGUUACAGAAUCCUUUGCUGUAAAUUCUGA